CGGAAGCGGAUGUUGUUGUCGUGAUCAUCGUAGCAGCAUCCGGAAUUGAGAGCUGCCUAGCUUGACCAAACUGCUGCUAACGGUGAAAUGAUCCACUUCACACCUGGAAGAACAGCGCGGCGGUAGCGAAUGGGCCUGAUACUCAACAAUGGCCGCGGUUUUUGUCGAUUCGUGUCGUGUUCUUAGUCUGUCCGUGGGCAUCAGCUCGACCAGUUAGCACGGCGGGCUAACUGGCCGAUUAAAUACUGACAAGUGCUCUCAAGAGGUGACGGGGGAGGAAACCUGUGGUAAGAAGAGAAAAUCAUUAACUUUAUACGUAACGUGAUUUUCUCUUCUCAUACCAGGCUGAUAACUGGAACUAGUGUGAUCGGGAACUUCUUUAUGAGGAUUGUUGUCUUUGUUGGCUUCUGGUUUUAAAUGUCUGUAGGUGGUAGAUGUAGUCAAUGACCCGAUGACACAACAGACAAGAUAACGCGACGCUGCUCUGCUUUGGUUUUAUAGUUUGACUGCGGGCUCUUGUUAACGGAAGUCUCCCCUGGUCCGUGAAGUCUACAAGAAGAGAAUAUGGAUAUCUUAAUGAUCAUGUUUACAUAGCUGAUGAGUGAUUGCACCUGCACCUAACCGGUCUGCUCUGGUUAUAUGGGUGAUUCGUGUUUUGAAUGUGAACGUGUGACAUGUCCUGUGUCGUGGAUAAGGUCCGGGUGACAGCGUGGAAAAGCAAACAGGUGUGACAGAACAUCCUGGGUAACAUCCCAGUAACUUCAUUUGUACGUACUUACAUUUACAUAUUAUCUGCUUACUUGAAUUCAACAUUCCUUUAGAGAAUAUUCAAUUGUGAUUUGGAUUAAUGGUGCACAUACAUAGUCCUGUUUAUUUUAUGUCGGCUGAGAAACAGGUAGAUCCUAACUGACAAAAUGUGUACUUGUUCUUCUUGGAUUGUUUUGUAAGCUCUGUAGAUGGAUUAUAGCUUAAAUGGGUUGCCGUAGGUGAGUUCUUUUGGUGUAACAUUAGUGCUGUAUGGUUACGGUGGUCAGUGGUAAAUGUAUAAGACAUUUAGAGAAAAAGGGAUUUUUCCUAUCUUUCCGAUAUUGUGAUUUCAAUUUGUGAUUUUCUUUACAAUACAAACGUCACUUCAAUAUUCAGUGCAUUAUACAUUGAAAAGGUGGUGAGGCAUUAAUGCAAGGCAUCUAAAAAUAGACUCUUUUCACUAAGGCAAAGAAGUGAAACUCGUUUCCAACAUGUUAUUUUUGUUUAAGCUGAUGUAGAGCACAGAACAUUUUAAUUGCAGCCAGUGCUAUAGGCUAAUUGCUCAGCCCUAGUAAUGAGUGGGUAUUAGCGCAGUGACUGACUGAGAACCAAGUAGUUGUAUGCUGUGACCUUGUCUACCUACCACAAUGCCACCGGUACUGUUCUUACUGAUGCUGUCCGGAGCGAUGUUCACUCUUGGACAGGCCAUGACUAGGGAGGAGAAGCAACAGUUGAGGAACCAAGUUGUUGAGAUGUUUGACCACGCGUAUCAAAACUAUAUGGACCAUGCAUACCCGGCAGAUGAGCUGAUGCCUCUGACGUGCAGAGGAAGAGUACGUGGGCUUGAACCCAGUCGAGGUGACGUAGACGACGCUUUGGGAAAGUUCUCACUGACCCUAAUUGAUACUCUGGAUACUCUGGUGCUUUUAAAUAAGACGACAGAGUUUGAGGCUGCAGUGAGGAGAGUCCUGUCGGACGUGAGGCUGGAUAAUGACGUUGUUGUGUCAGUCUUUGAAACCAACAUUCGAGUCCUUGGAGGUUUGUUAGGAGGCCACUCCAUGGCUGUGAUGCUGAAGGAAGGAGGUCAGAGCAUGCAGUGGUACCAGGAUGAGCUCCUGCAUAUGGCCAAAGACAUGGGUCUUCGACUGCUGCCGGCCUUCAACACCAGCAGUGGCCUGCCGUAUCCUCGGGUGAAUUUGAAAUACGGUGUGAGGGGUCCUGAGACUAGAACGGGCACAGAGACGGAGACUUGCACUGCGUGUGCAGGAACCAUGAUCCUUGAGUUUGCUGCCUUAAGUCGAUUUACUGGGGACCCAGUGUUUGAGGCCCAUGCUCGUAGAGCCAUGGACUUCCUGUGGGAGAAGAGACAGCGGAACAGUAACCUGGUUGGGACCACCAUCAACAUACAUAAUGGAGAGUGGGUCAGACGAGACAGUGGAGUCGGAGCGGGAAUUGACUCGUACUAUGAAUACCUUCUAAAGGCCUACGUCCUCUUGGGAGAUGACCUCUUUCUGCAGCGGUUCAAUAUCCACUAUGCAUCUAUAAUGAAGUACAUCAGCCAGCCUCCUCUGCUUCUGGAUGUCCACAUUCACAAACCUCUGCUUCCUGCUCGGACCUGGAUGGACUCUCUGCUGGCCUUCUUCCCUGGACUGCAGGUGCUGAAAGGAGAUAUCCGUCCUGCGAUCGAGACCCAUGAGAUGUUGUAUCAAGUUACCAAGAAGCACAACUUCCUCCCAGAGGCUUUCACUACUGAUUUCAGGGUCCACUGGGCCCAACAUCCCCUGAGACCUGAGUUUGCAGAGAGCACCUACUUCCUAUACAAGGCCACAGGAGACUCUUAUUACCUGGAGGCAGGGCGCACCAUCCUGGACAACCUCAAUCGCUUUGCUCGUGUUCCCUGCGGCUUUGCUGCAAUGAAGGACGUGCGCACAGGCAGCCACGAGGAUCGGAUGGACUCGUUCUUCCUCGCUGAGAUGUUCAAAUACCUGUUCCUGCUGUUUGCUGAACCCGAGGACCUACCUUUCGAUGUGGAGGACUACGUUUUCACAACUGAGGCCCACUUGCUUCCUCUGUCCCUCUCGGCCGCAGCCUCUCACUCUUCAUCCGUCUCAUCAAACGGAACGUCAGAGGAGGAGCUGGACGACUCGAACUUUGAUUGGACCUGCCCUAACACCCGCCUCAUGUUUCCUGACCCCGCCUUCCCUCGUAACCUGAGAGACCCGAUCCGAAGUGCUGUAGACAAGAGCUGCCCACGUCCUCCUACUAACCGGGAGCCUGGUAUCGGUCGUCCUCCUUUGAGGGCUCAGGACUUUAUGGCUAACAACCCCGAACAUCUGGAGCUGCUGAGGAGGAUGGGAGUCAGUCUCAUCCACCUGAAGGAUGGCAGGGUGCAACUGGUGCAACAUGCUACACAGGCGGUGAGUGCGGUCGCAGCAGAAGAUGGCGUACGUUUCAUGCAGGAGAUGAUGGAGCUGUCCAGCCAGCAGCAGAAAGAGCAGCUGCCUCCCAGAGCCAUUCAGAUUGUCUCACAUCCGUUCUUUGGCAGAGUCGUGCUGACUGCCGGCCCAGCUCAGUUUGGCACAGACUUGUCCAAAAGUUCCACAGGGGUACGAGGUUUCGUGACUGUGGCUGAACCUUACAGCGGCUGCUCUGAGAUCACCAAUGCCGAGUAUGUCCGGGGCCACAUCGCUCUUCUCCAGAGGGGUCAGUGCAUGUUUGCAGAAAAGGCUCGACACGUACAGAAGGCUGGCGCCAUCGGAGGCAUAGUCAUCGAUGACAACGAGGGCAGCAGUAGUGACACCGCUCCCCUGUUUCAGAUGGCCGGGGAUGGCAGGAACACAGAAGACAUCACCUUGCCGCUCCUCUUCGUCUUCCACAAGGAGGGAAACAUCCUGCUGGAGGCACUGAAAGUGUACAGGGAGGUGGAGGUGCUGCUGAGUGAUAAGGCCAGAGACCGAGCAGCCAUAUUUAAAGGUAAACCUCUUCCUGGCAGCCUGAUCGAGGGCAGUGUGGAUGUGCAAGAAGCAGAAGAGGACUGCGUAACGGAGGCAACGACUCCCACCUCAUUUGAAUCCACCACCCAAACGAGUGCGGUGGAGCUGGAUGAGUCUGUGUCGCCGGAGGUUACACCGUCACCGGAAACCAGUCCUGCAGAGGACACCAGUCCACCUGAAGAGGAAGCUGGUCCCGCAGAGGCGGAGCCUGAUCUGGCUCAGCCCAAGGAGGAAAGAGACUCUGACAGGACAGAGGACUCGGAGGGCGACACAGACUCGAGCAGCCAGUCGGUGGAUGAGCUGCUGGCUGACUGGCGGGAAGACUUGGAGGCUUUCCAGCAGAUGGAGAAGGACGAGCUCUGACAGUAGUCGUUGCCUGUGACUGCGGUUUGAGCCCACGGUGUGAAGAAGUCCCACCAGGGGAGUGCUUCUUCUCACCAACCUCAAUCUGAUGAACUUUAACGGAAAGUGGGGAGGUGGUACCUCGUGCCAAGGCAGACCACAUACUGUAUCUGUGUCUCUGGACCAUGACAAACGUGUCUCUCAAGCCUGGUAGAUAAUAGUUGAGAGAUCAGGGCUCUUACCUCACUUUCUCACAUUUUUGCUUGGUCUCUAUGCAUUUCUGGCUCUUUUAUUUUCCUCUCAACUGAGCACUGGUCCAACAGCCACGUUGUGAUUAAUGAAUUAAUCCCUUGACCAAUUUAUUUAAAGGUGAUGAUAUAAUUACGUGCUGUCCCUCGUGGUCUCGAGUCUUAUCGUAUGUACACAGUGAUGUGACCUGAAGACUCAUGCGGGGACGAAAAAUAAGCUGCAGGAUUUUUUUAAUGGCUUUAUGUUAGAAGAACUUAACACCAACUCUCUUUCUCUCUCUGUCUUUGAGGUACAUGAAGUCAAAUGUCAAUGUAAAUAUGUAAUUGUCAAGAUAUAUAUGGACUGAAAGGCUAUUAGUGCUGUUCACUCAGGUUCUGGUUCUCCUCAGCCAACAACCUCUGGACCACAUCAGGUGGAGCGGUCACACCCUCAGCAGCCUCCACAGACUGCCACAAGGGGGCACUGUAUGUUCUGUCAUGCUGUAACACGCUGGCAGAAUGGAAGGAGCAACAAUGUCAAAAGCCAAUAAAAUGAACUUGAUGAAAUUAAAUUUAAAA